AUGGAAAAACUUGUCGAGAAGUUUGACAUUGGAUCUUUGAAUCUGAUUGUGGCCGAGUUGAUAGAAGAUUCCCAAGGAGAACUGGAGUCUGAACGUACGAAAGCUGAUCUUUAUGAAUACUUGUGCGAAUGGAAGGAGAGCUCGUCUGGGAGUGCCAUUUCGCUCUACUCUGCAAUGGAGAAAAAUAAUCUUGAAUAUGAAGACUUCUUGGCAAGCAUAGACAAUGCGGUUUCUGAUGACGACUUGGAGCACAUUUGUUGGCACGUUCAUAGCUGUAGAGAGACAGUUCAACCCAUAGUAGAUUCAUUACAAUAUUCAUCCACUAACAGUACCGAGCCUGCAGAUAGUGGCCACAUCUCAGCACCAUCUAGGGGUGAUAAAAUUUGGGACGACCUCCAAAUUAUGAAGAGAUGGAAAGCGAUGUCAGCCGCGACAACGUACGGAGAGGAAGAUGAACAUACAGAAUCAGUGCUGUCAAAUCGGAUGAUACAACUGUGUCGUGCUUUAGAGGAAGCAGGAAAGAAGACUCGAGAUAGCGACGGCCGGGUGUAUCAUCAACUCUCCAAGACAUUUUAUAAGAUUCAAGGGAAGUACAAGAGCGAACUAACGGACGAGGUCUUGAAGGAGUUUGCUCUCAAUAUCACCAAACGACACUGCCAGAGACUUGGAAAACCCUUCAGACUUUCUGCACGUGCCAUAGCUAACAGGAAUGAAGAAGACCUGGAGAUGCUCAGGACGGACAUCAUGCUCAAGGCGUGGGUGCUGGAUCAAAAUUGCAGUAACUAUGAAAUCAGGCGCAGAUUGAGACAAGCGGCAGAACAGUGCGAACGCCAGGAUAUCGCAGACAUUUUCAUCAGAAAAAAACAGAGUGAGGUCAUGACAUCGCCCAUACAACUGACAAUUACAAAUGAAAACCAGAGUCCUGGAGCCAGUAGAUCAGAAAGUGUCACAUCUAUAUCACGUGACGAACUCAAUCGCAUUGGCCGUUACGCUGGGUCCGCAGUUCUAUGUGCCUUCUGUAAGAAAUACGGUGUGACAGUCCCAGAACAACAAUCUCCAGAUGGAAAAGAACUACUUUGCGAAAUAAUCAAUGUUCUGAAACCAACGUUGGACUUCGAAUUUGAAAGAAUUAAGAAAGAAAAGAAGUCAAGUACCCCAAGAAUAACUCUAAGACAGCUUCUGGAGAAUGAACACCCACACUAUGCCUGCCUUCUUGCCAUGAAAAAACCAUUCAAUAUCUUCGAUGUAGAGCUGAUUGAUUUAGCCUUUCGCCUCAUCAUGGCCGACGUGUACCCGUUCGCCAAAGCUCUCAACAUCAGCGAUCAAGUGCUUAACUCUUACAGACGCAUCAUCAGACCUUCCGUUCUGACACAGGGCACUGCUAAUAUCAUAAAGCAGGUGUCCAUUAAAGAACGAGGGAAAAUGAUUACGCCCUUAAAACAGGCAGGGUAUUCUGAAGAGGCAAGGGCACUAUAUUUUGGAUUUGAAAUCAGCCUUGGAGACGUGAUAGAAGUUGAGAAACGAGUUAACAUGGCACAACUGACAAAACAACUGGGUAUUUCUGAUGACGUUCAAUCAACUGAGCCAGGCAACCAAGUGAAGCCUGUACUUCUUAAAUGGAGAGACACUGUUCACUCUUCAACCUUCAACCAUCGCUUGGUAUUGGCCGACGCGUUGUUCAGCAUGGAGGAGGAGCAACUCGCACUAGACAUCAUCUCAGGAGUGCAUAGAAAUAGGGUGAUAAACAAACCUAUGUUAGAACUACUAGCGGCUACCGUUCCGGAGGGACAAGUACCUACAUAUGAAGUCAUGGACCAAAAGACGAAGAAUGAAAAGGGAUUGGUAAAAUGGUCUGCGAAGAGUCCUACAGAAUCGAGCAACAAACUUCUUGGUGCUGGAUGCUAUGCCUUUGCAUAUGAGAAUAUGGCAGUGUUCCAUCAUGGAACGGACACUGGGAACGUGACAACUAAGGAGCGGCGUCAUGGAAGCAUCGCCAUUAACAAGCCAGUUUGUAAUAAAGGUGGAAAGGGAGGUAAAGAGACAAAAGAAGGUAUGGAAAAAGCCACAAAUGGUGACACACUCAUAGACAACACCUGUAAGGAAGGCACAAGAAAGGGUUUAGAGCAGGUAGCAAAGGACAAUCACACCAUACCAACUGAGGGAAUGCAAGAAGCCAACACUACUGAGGAAGAUAAAGGGGGAAGUCAGAAUAGUGAGGACAAGAAUUCCUUGGGGAAAGAAGCGACGGACACAAACAACGUGAUUGCUGAGAUAUCCAGAGAAGAAAAAAUUCCUAGUCUGACUAAUGAAGAAGUGAUGCAAGAGAAGAGCAGAGAUGGAGCUGCAGAAUCAAAAGAGAACAUCACUGAAAACAUUGACACAAAGGAGCAAGGCAACACACCCGACGGGUCGGACGAGUGUAAGCAAGAUGAAAGUUCCAAACUCCUCACCCAGGCAGGAACAUAGACCAUUGGGGAGGCAUUAGUCAGGACAUGGAAGUUUGUCUUUCACACACUCAUAAAAUGAGCAAUUGGUCAGGACAAGAAGCUAUAUUUGGUAAUAAUCAGAAGAUUAAAAUAUUAGCGAUUUCAAGAGGACCUGUGAUAAAGAGAGAGAGGUCCAUGAUUUAUUAUAAACACAGAGUUGUCUCGAUUAUUUGUACAUCACUGAAAUUUAGUUAUAUCAUGUUCAUUUCGAAACAUAAUGGACUUUAAUAAGGGCAACUCAAUAUCAUUUCUAUCUAUCUAGUAUCUUCUUCCGGUUCUCCAUUUCACUCUAUCUUCUGCCAUUCUGGUCCACUCUUGCAGUUUUAGUCCACUCCAGUUCUUGACAUUCUCUUCCCAGUUGAUUCUGGGUUUCCCUCUCAGUCUAGUUCCUUCCACUCUUCCCUCCAACACAUCCUUUAAGAGGUUUUGGUGCCUUUUAACAUGACCAAAGUAUUUGACUUUUCUCCC